AUGCUUGCAGUUGGCAACACAUCUUUCAAGACAACAUCUAACGCUUCUUCUUCGUUAUCAUCAUCUGUGUUAAAAGGAUUACCAUCCUCUGGACAAAAUCAUGCUUUAUCGACAAAUACACAGCCAUCAGCUACUUUGUUGCCGCCAAUUUCAUUAACUACAGUAGUCAAUAGUAAUACUGUCAACAACACUACUCAUAAUUCUACUCAUCGUUCUCAACUACAACAGCAAUCACAUCAGAAUGAACGACGACGGAAUUAUCGGUAUACUGGAGAUCCUAGCUCGCAUGCAGCAGACAAAAAAGCCUAUGUCAAUGGCGAUCCAGAAGGAACACCAAUGCAUUUAUCGGGGUGCGCUGAUCCCCGAAAUCCGAUUCGAAACGAAAAAGCAUACUAUGAUCUGCCCGUACCAAAAUUCAAGGUUGAUCGUUGUUGGGUGGGGUCUUUGCCGGCCAAAGAAGUAACAUUUCGAAAUUUAAAUGAUAAUAUCACAAAAACGUUUUUAGCUGAUAUGUGUAAGCGUUUUGGUGAAAUAGAUGAUUGUCGAAUUUAUUAUGAUAGAGUGACAAAAAAACAUCUUGGUUUAGGAACAGUAAUUUUUAAAACAACAAAAGCAGCCAGAGAGUGUGUGAAGAUAUUGCAUAAUUCUAUCAAAAUGGGUUCAAUUAUUUCAGUGUCUCUAGAUACAGGAGGCAUCGAACGUACAAAACAAUAUGCAACUUUAACACGCGGUCCAGAACAAGAAAAAGCAGCAGCAGCUGCAGCAGUAGCUGCGGCACAAUCAGCUUCUCCACCGUCACAGUCUCAAUCUUUGCCUUCAGAUCAAAACAAACAAAUAACAAAACAACUUCCCAAUAAUAGUGCUGAACUUUUAUCUUCCAAAGUUACGCAAUUAUUAGCUAUGCCAAAUAUACCACCACCUCCUUCAUUCCUCCCCCCAUCAGCAAAUAUGACACAUAAUCCUAAUUUCGCCACACUUAUUUCCACGCCGCCACCACCGAUUCCACAUCAUCUUCAACAACAUCACAUGCCUUUAAUCCCACCAAUCGUUGAAAAUAAUAAUGGCAAUAUUCAUUUCAAUGUUGGUACAUACAGCACAACACGAGUGUUCAUACAAAUAUUAACAGAAACAAGAAAAGGGUCAUUAGUUACAUGUCGUUUUGAAAAUGAACAGAAACAUAGUAGAAGACGCAGACAGACAUCAUCUACUGCCGUUCGACAUACACGAAAAAAAGUCGUUAAAACACCCAGACGUAAAAAUCAAUCAACGACUGUUCGAUAUGAAACAUCAACUACAGGUGGUCAACAUACUCAUGUGGAUGGCAAUUCAUCGUUCCUCUAUCAAAAUUCAUCAGCAUUCGAUCCUUAUGCAUCGUAUGGUGGUAAUCAAACAAGGCCAUCGUCACAAUCAUCCACACAUACUACAUCUAGAAAUAACAUCACAAGGAAUAACAGAAGCACACAUAAACGACAACCACAACGUCAUCGAAAAAGAUCUUCUUCAAGUUCUUCUACAAGCACUUCAAAUGAUUCUUCAUCAAGUUCAUCAUCCAGUUCAUCUUCAUCAUCAGAACUUUCCGACUCUGAUGAUGAUACAGCAAGCACCAAAAAAUCUCUCGUAAACAAAAAGAAUGAAAAAUCAGUUUCAGCUGAAGAAGAAGAAGAUAAACGUGAACGACCAAGUUUAGAUGCACGAAUCGAUGCAAUUCUUAAACAACAACAACCAAACAUACAUCAUCCAAAAGUGGCGUCAUCCUUCCCAAAUCUACCUCCGAUGUCACAUCCUCCACCUCCCAUAUUUCCUUUGCCUCCUAUACCGCCACAUUUGCUCGGUCAAAAACAACAACCACAAGCAACCUACGGUGUUGAUCAUACAGUUAUAAAUAAUUUCAAUUUUUUUGGUUCAUCCUUUCCAUCUGCAUCAUUUUUAAAUUCAAAUGGUGGUACCAACUGGCAAGAUAUUUUUCGUCCUCUAUUAGAUUUAGGCAAACAGGAAACGCCAAAUUAUAUACAUCAACAGCAAAAAUCAUCGACAAUGGCCCCUCCCCCGCCACCACUUCCAAAAACGGGAACACUACCAGCUUCAUUGGCGCCAAUUUCCGAUGAUUUACGCUCAAAUAAAAGUCAACAUAUAAUAACAAAUGUGUCGAAUAUUGUUAAUAAAGAGUUAAUCGACUUAAUACGUAAAGAUUUGACGAAAAAACUAGUUGAAACUCUUGUCUAUAAAGCCAUUGAAGUAUGGUACGACAAUCAAGAACAAAAGGCAAAAGUUCGAAAAAUUAAGUCAGUGGAAUCAAAUAAUAUUAACCAUCAACCAUAUUCAUCUCAGAUACAAUCGAAUGGUACUAUAGAACAUGAAAUAUCGAUUCAAACAGCCGCCUCGUCGGUGCAACGUUCAUUAUCGAAUACUUUGAUAGAUCGUGUAGGAAGUGGAGAAGAUUUAUUACAAUGUAAAAAUACAGUGACACAAAUAUCUCAAACGACUUUAACGCCGUCAUCUUCUGCUACACGCAUUGCUGAUACAACAGCUUAUUUUGAACAAAUAUGUGAGCAUGGUUUAACUGGUCAUCUAACUGUACGAUCACAAAUGCCAAAAUUACCUUCAUUUCGGGUAAAAAUGAACAGUCGCACAUUUAAAAGAAUUGUUCAAGAAGAAAAACGUCAUUCACCGCUAUUAUUCACAACGAAAAAGACAUUGUCAAACGUACGUGAUCAUGAAAAAGAAAAUGAUCGACGACGUCAUCAACGUAAACGUGUUGCUACUCAUAGCAGUAGUAGUUCAACUAGCCGUAGCAGCAGCAACAGCAGUAGCAGUAGUGAUUCCUCAAGUGACAAUGAAUCAAAACGUGAUGAUGUGAGUCAAGAAUCCAAACCACGUUCAUCGGUCGAUCUUCCAAUUGAAAAUACACCUCAGAUUGGUGAUAAUUCUUACCCGGUUGAUAAUGAUGAAACAAAUCAAUCGUCGAUUGUUGAUCCUGUUGUGGAAGAAGAAGAGGGAGAAAUUAGAGAAGAGAAACAAGAACCAGAAGAUCAUAAACAAAAUUUAAAAACCAAAGUGAUAAAAAAACAAUCAAAUGUUAAGAAAAAUCAGAAACGACCCAAAGUGACAUCAAAAAAAAAAGAAAAGACAAAACCCAUAGUACCAUCAUCAAGAAAAAGAAAAGUAAAUACGUCAAAUCUUAAUGAAGAAUGCAUUGAUGAAAAACAAUCAUUACUAUCAUCAAAUGGAAGUAGAGAACAAAUUCACAACGAAGAUAAUAAUCAACGUGGAAGUGUUGAAACAACCGAAUUAAUAAUACCACUCAAACGUGCUCGACUGAGUCAAAAAGAAUCAAAAACAGAUAGACGUGAUUCGAAAUUAAUUACCUCAAGUUCAAACGAUUUAGAACAACAAAUAUUACCUCAGAACAACGAAGAAACAUCAGAUAAAACUGCCAAAACAUUUGAAAUUACUAAUCCUAGUUCGAUACAGACGUACAACAUUCUGACACAAAAUAUAUUUGAUGAUAUACACAGUGAGACAAAAUCAACCACUGGCUUGUUUGAUUAUAUCCGUUAUGAACACGAUUAUGCUAGUCAAAUACCAAUACCAGUUAGUCAUUUUAUUAAAUCAGAAGUUUCUGUUGCCCCGUUAUCGGACACAAGUACAGAUAUGAAACCAUUGAGAAAAAAAGGAACUGUAGUCAAUGAUACAUUACCAAAAUCAAAUAAAUUUUGUUCACGUCAAAAUGAAGAUGAAAUGCGAAUUAUGUAUGAAAUAAAUGAUGGAAUUGAUGAGGAAGAUAUGAAUUAUUUAAAAGUCAGUUUUGUCAAGAUGUCUCAAGAAGGACAAUCAUGUUACGCAAAUCAAACAAGAUGGGUCGAUCAUCCUCCAAGUCGGGAUUCGUUUUUUGUCCUUAAUCAGGCUUUGUCUGAAAAACAUCUCACAGGUAGUGCAAGAACUGAGGGUUAUUACAAAGUUGCAUUCGAAGAAAAAUUGCGUUAUCUGAAAACGUUAACAGGAAACGAUGCCCAAGCAUUAUCAAUUAUUCCGCAAUUAAUGAUUGACACAAAUAAUCAGUCCACAAAAUCCUCACAAUUGUCUCGUGGUGCUAGAAGUGAACAACGUCGUAUAUUAGCAGCAUUAGGCGAUGUCGAAUUUGCUGAUCAUUUUAAAUUUAGUCAGUUAAAACUGAGAAAAAAACGUUUACGUUAUGCCAAAUCUGACAUACAUGGAUGGGGAUUAUUUGCAUGCGAAGCAAUUGCAGCUGAAGAUAUGGUUAUUGAAUACGUGGGUGAAACAAUUCGACAAACAGUCGCUGACAUUCGUGAAAAAGAAUACGAAGUUGAAGGCAUUGACAGCAAUUAUAUGUUUAGAAUUGAUUCAGAAACAAUCGUGGAUGCGACUAAAUGUGGCAAUUUAGCGCGAUUUAUUAAUCAUAGCUGCGAUCCAAAUUGUUAUGCAAAAAUAAUUCCAGUUGAAUCGCAAAAGAAAAUUGUUAUUUAUUCUAAACGUGAUAUUCGGUUAGGUGAAGAAAUAACGUAUGAUUAUAAAUUUCCAAUAGAAGAACAAAAAAUACCUUGUAGAUGCGGUUCACAAACUUGUCGUGGUUCACUUAAUUGA